CUUGACAGCCGCCGCUGGCUGUCAGUGUCAAAUUUUUAAGAGAAUUUGUCUGGACGCGGUUAUUGUUUUUGCGAGUGAUUCGGGUUGGAUCGUAAUAAAUACCCUUUUAAUCGGGCCUAUACAUCAGGAUAAGGAAUUUCAUUUGUUUGCGCAUUGAAGAAUAUUAAAAAUGAGUUCCCAAGAGGAGUCUACGAGGGUUACGAGGAGAUCUCUUAAAACCCUCCAGCAUACAGCCAGUGAUCGUGAAAACUUAGUGGGUAGACCAUCAAAAAGUUUGAAGCAUCAACUCUCUCAGGAACCUUCUGUGGAUAUUGAAGUCAAGCGUAAGAAUUUGUCAACCAAAGAAACCCAAGCAGAUCUAGACACCAAAGUGUCCAUUGAUGACCUUACAAACCCGGAAGGUGCCUCAGAGAAAUACUGGAAAAUAUUAGCUGAGAAGAGACAACAAGCUUUACAAGAAGCACUUGAUGAAAAUGAAAAGCUGCUUAAAAUUAUUGAUGACCUAAAAGAGGAAAACAGAGCAACUAAGCAAAUGCUGGAAGAAGCCAAUAGCUUUAUUGAAGUUGUAAAGGAGGAGUUGGCCAAUGACAACAAUGACACAGGCAUAGAUGUGAAUGAUGUCAGCACUGCUGACGAAACUGAUGAUCAGUCUAAACCUGAAACUGAUAAUAACUAGUGAUUAGUAAAAGCACUGAAAAUAAUUAGUUUUAAUUUUCUUACUUUAUUUAAUUUUUCAAUGAACUGCAGGGGCAAAAAGGUAUUUUCAUGUGAAAUGAAGCUAUUUUAUUCUGCCCCUUUUUUGUCUAUUAUAAUUUAGUUAAUAACUUCUUAUUUGUCACUAUAGAUGACGUUUUAGAACCUCAUAACAUAAAACUUUAAGUUUGCCAAAGUAUGUGUAAACUUUUAAUAUAUUCACUUUUCAAUAGUUUUCAUAACGUUUAAGACUAAACAAGUAAGUGCCUUACAUACCUACAUAGUUUUUAUUAUUACAAUAAAUCUAUUCUACUUAGCCUCUCGUCUAUUGCAGUUUACUUCUUUUUUGUUAAGGUUUAAUGU